AUGAUGAGAUUAAAGAUGGUACACGUUCUUAAUGACCCCCAAGACUUAAAAGCCGACUAUUUACAUAGUGGAAGAUUAACUAAAGAUGUGUUAGGUAAAUACGUAUGCCAUAACAGCAAGGUCUUUUUGGGUUGUCCUGAUGGAUUAGUUAACUCAUUGGUAGGGAAGAAGAAGAAUAAAGGUCUAUUAGGAGAUGUCACAACAAAUGAGGCUUUUAUGUUUUAA